AUGUCCAGUCGACCUCGCUACUAUUCUCAACGACACGACCUUCACGACUCAUAUUCUUCAGGUGGCGCUGUCUGUCGGGUUGAGCGCCGUAGCAGUACUCCCGGUGCGACAUCACGGUGCGUAAGUAAAGGUUCUCGAUUGCUUUGUCGACUACAAGUAAUCAACCUCCGGGCUUUCACUUUACGUCCAUCCUCUAGCUCGUACGUGCCCGGUCAGCAGGCGCGUACAAUUUUUGAAGGUUCGGACAAUUUUGGUUGGCCCCCGGCCACAGACUAUUUGCGGAGGCGGACAAACUUUCAUGGCUGGAUGCGCGCCGCUGUUUUACUGUAA